CCGGUUUAUCCAAAGACCUUUGAUGCGAUUACUACCUUUGUACCUUGGAGCCAUUUAUUACAACCAUGAAAAGAAUGAAUAAAGUUAUUUUAUAUACUGGUACUUAAAAGAGAAUAGAUUUGAAAAUCAGCUUUUGUUGAAAACCAUCAACCAGAUUCUGUAACAUGGACAGUAGGGGAACUCCAUUAUCAAACCAGUAUGAACUUGAUUCAUUAUGUAUCCAGGAUAGCUGUGAAUUGGACAGCAGCAUAACCACAAAAUCAAACCAGCAUGAACUGGAUUCAUCAGGUGAUAAAGAUAAUUCAGGCAUUUUGAUUCCGAUUAUGAAUUGUGAGAGGGAAAAUGGAUCAAAUAAACUUUUAAAUGAUGAUACCUGUAAUAAAAGACAGACCUUGGAUUGUAGUUCUGUUGCUGAAAAAGUGGUUGCAAAGAUAAAUGAAAGACAAUUUUGUGACACAAAUAUUAAAACAGAUGAUACCUUUCAUCAAAACAAUUUAAAUGAUAAAUUCAUUAACACCAAAGACAAUGUUAAAAUAGGUACUUCAUUGGAAGCAGGAAGUAAAUUACAUCACCUAUAUGACAUAAAGGUUAAAGUUGAGAAAGAUGAAGAAUAUCAACCUAAAUUAUUUGAUUGUAGUUCCGAAAAUAAUUCUGACAAUUGCAGUGCAACGACUGAACUCGCGAUAAAAAUAGAGUGUAAUGAAUGGACUUUAAAUGACAGCGGUGAUUACCAUGAUAAAACAGAAAGUGUAGGGGACAUCACAAAUAAUGUUGUCAAACAAAAUCCAUUUGAAAAGGCCAUCACUGUUGACAUAAGCAAAGUUAAACAGGAAGUCAGUGAUGGGGGAAGAGCUUCAGAUGAGAAUCCAAUAGACAGGCAUACAGUAGAAGAGACAAUAAAUAUAAAUGAUAUCAAGCAGGAAGUUUAUGAUCAGAUAAGUAGAUUUAAUGAGCAGACACCCUCCUUAAGGGAUGGACAGGCAGAAAAUGAUGCUGUAGCUGAUGAUGGGGAUGAGGGAAGUGAAGAACAAAUUCAUAUGUACAUUCAAGACAAUAGUCCAUGGAAGGACCAAUUUCCAAAGAUUGGGAAGGUGGAUAAGAAGAUGGUAGGAUGUGAAGUUUGUCACAAAUUAUUCAGUGCAAAAUAUAUCUCCAUACAUCGAAAAAUACACAAAGAUGACAUGUAUAUGUGUAGCUAUUGUGGAAAGGGGUUUAAGAUAAAGGGCAGUUUAAACUGUCAUGUAAAAAUACACACGGGUGAAAAUCCUUACAAAUGUGAUCAGUGUGGUAAAGCAUACAGACGGUCAGACCUUCUCAAGUCACACAUGAUUCAACAUACGGGUUACUUACCACAUAAAUGUGAUGUCUGUGGGAAAUGCUUCACAUUGAAAAGUAGACUAAAAAGACAUCUUAUAAUACAUUCUGAUGAGAAACCAUUUAAAUGUAGCGUGUGUAACCAGGGUUUUACACAACGACAUCACAUGACCGAGCACAUGAUUACACACACUGGGGUCAAAAAGUUCUGUUGUAACUUAUGCGGGAAAAAUUUUGGGAUAAAAAGUACACUAACUAAACAUCUUAGAAUACACGAUGAUGAUAGACAAUAUAAAUGUCGAAUAUGUGGUAAAGGUUUCAUAACUAGUUUUAAUUUGAAAGUACACGAAAGAAUUCAUAGCGGGGAAAAACCAUAUAGUUGUGUCGUCUGCUAUAAAAGAUUUGCCAACAGUUGCCACUUAAAUGAACAUCUUACUGUUCAUACCAAAGAAAAACGCCAUCGAUGUCAGGAAUGUGGCAAGUCAUUUUCAACUUCGUCAAAAGUUACACGACAUAUGUUAACACAUACUGGUCAAAAGCCUUUUAUUUGUCACAUUUGCGGUGGCAGGUACAGUCAGAAAGGUCACUUGACAGAACAUGAACGAACUCAUACCAAUGAUUACCCUUAUAGAUGUAGUAAAUGCGAUCAAGGAUUUGUGUCAAAAAGUAAACUAGAGGCUCAUGAUAUGAAACAUUUAACUUCAAGUGCAUACAAGUGUACAAUUUGUGGAGAUAUUUUCAGUACUAAAGACGAAAAAUUGAUUCACAUGAGAAAAGACCAUGAAGAUGAAUAUAGAUUUGGCUGUAAUCAAUGCCUAGAAGUUUAUAGACAAGAAAAACAAUUUGAACAACAUAUGAGAUCACAUUUAGGAAUUAAACCUUACAAAUGUGAAAUCUGCAACAAGCACUUCACACAGACAAGUAGCUUAAACCUCCAUUUGAAAAUACACACAGGAGAGAAAAAGUUUUCUUGUGAAAUAUGUGAUAAACUAUUUAGGACUAAACAUGGUUUAAGAAAACAUUCCCUGACCCACACAAGGGUCAAAGACCCUGGAGAAGAAUGUGAAACGUGUGGUUUAAUGUUCAGAAAUGAACAAGCUUUACAAUGUCAUAUGCACAUCCAUAGUAAAGAUUAUGUUAACUCUACCAUAUCUAUACUUAAAUAACAAAUUUCUGAGGAGAAAGUCAAUAGCCAAAAAAUAUUUCUUUCCAGGAAAAAUCACAUGGCAAUAAUACUGACCUUAAGUAUGGGUAAUUUUUUAUAAAUGCAUACUUUUGUUGUUGUUUUAUGAUAUGGUAUGGGUGUCAUUGUAGUCAUGGGGAGUUUUGAUGUAGUAAAUACAGAUUAAUUUCAAGUUUCCAGAAACCUGAUGUGUCUAUUUAAAUCCAUAUUUAUAGUACAUGUAUUAUUGGUACAUCUUUAUUAUCAUAUUUCGUCUGCAGUCACAAUUAAUUUUUUAAGCUUAAUAUUACUUCCUGGCAACUAAAGUCUAUUCAAGAAAUAUUUUAAUUUUAUACUAAUCUUCAUACUGGUACACAAAAGGUACCUUUGGAAAAGCAUUACUUACAUGAAUUAUGUGUUUGGCAAACCCAAGUAAUUUAAAAUUUCAAAUCUAUUUAAUUUGAAAUUUAUAGACAAAGUUGAGCAAAGUUAACCAUGUUAAUAUUACAUAAAAGGAUAAAUCAAAGAAAUUUCAAAGGUAGAAUGAAGCAAUUAAGAAUCACAGUUUUCUGUUCCCAAUUUUUAUACGACCGCAAAAAAAUUUUUGCGAUCGUAUAUUGGUAUGAUGUUGGCGUCGUCUUUGUCUCCGGCGGCGUCGUCGUCGUCCGAAGACACACUGGUUUUCGCACUCUAACUUUAGUUUAAGUGAAUGGAUCUCUAUGAAAUUUGAACAUAAGGUUCAAUACCACAAAAGGAAGGUUAGGAUUGAUUUUGGGGUUAUGGUACCAACAGUUAAGGAAUUAGGGGCCAAAAAGGGGCCAAAAAUAAGCAUUUUUGUAACUUCCAGACACAACUUGUGUGUUAGUGUAUGGAUCUCUCUGACAUUGUACCACAAGGUUCCAUAUCACAAAGGGAAUGCUGGGAUUGAUUUUGGGGGUAAUUGCCUCAAAAUUUUAGGAAUAAGGGGCCAUAAAAGGGGCAAAAAACAAGCAUUUUUAUAUGGACAAAUACUUUAGUACAAAACAUAAUUUAAAGCAGUGUAAGGGAGAUAAAUCAAAUACAUCAUUUAAAUUACCUCCCUUACACUGCUUUUAAACUAUGUAUAAAGUAAUGGUUAAUGAACAAUUAAGGUAGAUAGGGUGUCUUCCUCCAUCUUGGAUUUGAAAUACCAGAAAAUAAUCAGUCUAGACCUUUAAUAAAAUGUGCAAAUUUUGAGAGUAGUGGGUAAUUCAUGUGUAAGAAUUUACAUUUUAAUAUAGAAAAUGACAUGUUUAAUUAUAUUUAUGGUUGUAUUUUACAAAAAAACAGAAUACUUUUGUUUGAUUCAAUUUUUUCCAACUUUGCCACAUAAGGGGAGGCAACUCAAAUGUAAGGGCAGAUAAUUCAAAUAUUGUUACUUUUACAAUAGAAUGUGUUAGGAAUUUAUCUAUUUUAUUAUGUAGCAAGAAAACGGGCCCGGUGACCCCAUUUUUUCUUUUUCUUAUCUGAAAGUAUAAUAUUAGAGCUAUUUUCUCAUAUUUUAUCUCAAAAUUCUAUGGUGCAGUUUUCGUUUUAUGGCAGAAAAUUGCGUUUUCCAUGCAUAAUCUAUAAAAAAUCUGUCAAUUUUGCACAACCUGUAGCGUGAAAAUAAGCCCCGUGACCCAUUCUUUUUAUUAUUUUUUCCAAAAAACCAUGAUAUAAACUACAUUUUGGCAAAUUAUUAAAAAAUUCUAUGGAUUAUAAUUUAGACACCCCAUCUACCUUAAGACAAUUUAAAACAGUGUAAGGGAGGUAAUCCACAUACAACACUUUGAUUACUUCCCUUACACUGCUUUUAAAUUAUGUUUAAAGAAAUGCAUAUUUUUAAAGGAAGACCAGUAAAAAUAUCUACAAAUGUUGCAUCUUUUUUUUUUUACAAAAAAAUCCAUAUGAAAGAUUUGACACCAUAUUUUAAAUUCUAUUAUAGAAUAAAUUAAGUUAGCACUAUGGUAAAUUUAAAUGGGUAAUUAUGGUUGCAAAUUCCAUUGGAAAUUUGAAUUGAGAUUAUGACCAUAUCUUGAGGGAAAGAAUUGAGGGGGGGGUAAAAAGAAAUUGUGGGAGGUCAAUUUUUUCUCAUUUCAGAUUUCAGAAAUUAAAAAGAAUUAUUCUUCAAAUAUUUUUUUUUUUUCAAAUUUCAAGAAGUAAUCUUAAAUUGCACAGUAUGGCGCAUUAGAUUUGUAAAAUCUUUGACCACAUUUAUUUAUUUGUUAUGCCAAAUCUGACUGUGUAUUUAGAUUUUUAAUUUUGGGUCCAGUUUUCAAAUUGGUCUACAUUAAGGUCCAAAGGGUCAAAAAUUAAACUUAGUUUGAUUUUAACAAAAAUUGAAUAUAUGGGGUUCUUUGAUAUGCUGAAUCUAAACAUGUAUUUAGAUUUUUGAUUUUGGGCCCAGUUUUCAAGUUGGUCCAAAUUGGGGUCCAAAAUUAAAGUUUGUUUGAUUUCAACAAAAAUUGAAUAUAUGGGGUUCUUUGAUAUGCUGAAUCUAACCAUGUAUUUAGAUUUUUUAUUUGUGGGCCCCACUAUCAAAUUGGUCCAUAUUGAGGUCAAAAGGGUCCAAAAUAAAACUUUGUUUUAUUUCAUCAAAAAUUGAAUUAUUGGGGUUCUUUGAUAUGCCAAAUCUAACCGUGUAUUUAGAUUUUUAAUUUUGGGUCCCGUUUUUUAAAUUGGUCUACAUUAAGGUCCAAAGGGUCCAAAAUUAAACUUAGUUUGAUUUCAACAAAAAUUGAAUUCUUGGGGUUCUUUGAUAUGCUGAAUCUAAACAUGUGUUUAGAUUUUUGAUUAUGGGUCCAGUUUUCAAGUUUGUCCAAGUUGGGGUCCAAAAUUAAACUUUGUUUGAUUUCAACAAAAAUUGAAUAUAUGGGGUUCUUUGAUAUGCUGAAUCUAACCAUGUAUUUUGAUUUUUGGGCCCCGUUAUCAAAUUGGCCCACAUUGAGGUCCAAAGGGUCCAAAAUUAAACUUAGUUUGAUUUUAACAAAAAUUGAAUAUAUGGGAUUCUUUGAUAUGCUGAAUCUAAACAUGUAUUUAGGUUUUUGAUUUCGGGCCCAGUUUUCAAGUUGGUCCAAAUUGGGGUCCAAAAUUAAACUUUGUUUGAUUUCAACAAAAAUUGAAUAUAUGGGGUUCUUUGAUAUGCUGAAUCUAACCAUGUAUUUAGAUUUUUUAUUUGUGGGCCCUGCUAUCAAAUUGGUUCAUAUUGAGGUCAAAAGGGUCCAAAAUUAAACUUUGUUUUAUUUCAUCAAAAAUUGAAUUAUUGGGGUUCUUUGAUAUGCCAAAUCUCACCAUGUAUUUAGAUUUUUAAUUUUGGGUCCAUUUUUCAAAUUGGUCUACAUUAAGGUCCAAAGGGUCCAAAAUUAAACUUAGUUUGAUUUUAACAAAAAUUGAAUAUAUGGGGUUCUUUGAUAUGCUGAAUCUAAACAUGUAUUUAGAUUUUUUAUUUUGGGCCCAGUUUUCAAGUUGGUCCAAAUUGGGGUCCAAAAUUAAACUUUGUUCGAUUUCAACAAAAAUUGAAUAUAUGGGAUUCUUUGAUAUGCUGAAUCUAACCAUGUAUUUAGAUUUUUUAUUUGUGGGCCCCGCUAUCAAAUUGGUCCAUAUUGAGGUCAAAAGGGUCCAAAAUUAAACUUUGUUUUAUUUCAUCAAAAAUUGAAUUAUUGGGGUUCUUUGAUAUGCCAAAUCUAACCGUGUAUUUAGAUUUUUAAUUUUGGGUCCUGUUUUUUAAAUUGGUCUACAUUAAGGUCCAAAGGGUCCAAAAUUAAACUUAGUUUGAUUUUAACAAAAAUUGAAUUCUUGGGGUUCUUUAAUAUGCUGAAUCUAAACAUGUGUUUAUAUUUUUGAUUAUGGGUCCAGUUUUCAAGUUGGGGUCCAAAAUUAAACUUUGUUUGAUUUCAACAAAAAUUGAAUAUAUGGGGUUCUUUGAUAUGCUGAAUCUAACCAUGUAUUUUGAUUUUUGGGCCCCAUUAUCAAAUUGGUCCACAUUGAGGUCAAAAGUGUCAAAAUUAAACUUUGUUUGAUUUCAUCAAAAAUUGAAUACUUUGGAUUCUUUGAUAUGCUGAAUCUAACCAUGUAUUUAGAUUUUGGAUAUUGGACCAUAAUAGGUAAAUUAAAAAAUUUUAAGUUCUUAGACCACAUUCAUUCUGUGUCAGAAACCUAUGCUGUGUCAAAUAUUUAAUCACAAUCUAAAUUCAGAGCUGUAUCAAGCUUGAAUGUUGUGUCCAUACUUGCCCCAACUGUUCAGGGUUCGACCUCUGCGGUCGUAUCAAGCUGCGCUCGGCGGAGCAUUUUAUUGAUUCAGCCAUGCUGGAUCUAUGCGAUCACUCCGGAUUUGGAGAUGGUGCAAAAUUCUAAGUUGAAGACAUAUCAUGAAAAUAAUUUUGUGUUUCUAUGACUUGCAAAAACUUUAUAGUAUAAAGUUUAUACACCAUUUUAAUCAUUAACUGCCAACUUUUGACAUGUCAUUCCUUAGAUUAAGCGUGAUUAAGAAAAGAUUGGUCAACAACUCUUUUAUUUUAGAUAUACACUUGCAUAUAGUUCCUUUGUAUAUUUAUAAUAAUUUACUAUUUAUGAAUUAAUUUAAUCAGUGGAAAUGAAUUUUGAAAGUAUCAUAAUAGUAUCUUAUGCUUGUGUAAAUAAUUGAAUAAAAUUUGGGUCAAGAUGUGUAUUGAUAUAUAUAUAUAUAAGUUGAUU